GGAUUAUUUAUAUACUGGAGUGGUUUAAUUGUUGGGAAAUAGACAAUUGUAAGUGGACUCUAAAAAGCACGGAACAGCUGCGAUCAAACUCUGCAUGAUAGGAAAAAAUUUCAAUGUUGAACACUCCCAGACUUUUAAAUGAAAGAACUCUAGUAACAGUUUCUGCGAAAAUGGAAAAUAUUUUCACGAGGAGAGGCUGGCUUAGUCAAGUAAGAUAAAGCAUUCGAUUCUAGAAUACACAGAUAUAAUCAAUGUGAUAGUAUUAAUGAACAGAAAUGUCUAACCUAACAUACAUCAACAAUGUGACAAGAAAUAUCAGUGAAACCAAGGCAUCAAUCUUACAGAAAUUAAACGAUGACGAGGCUGCGUUACUUCUUCCUGUUAUCGUUUAUGUUUUCAUCCUUAUGUCAGUAGGAAUUGUCGGAAAUUUAAUAGUUCUAUAUAUCUAUAAAUUUAGAUUUCGGCGAUCGAGUUCUCGAGCUUUUAUACUAUGUCUCGCCAUAUUAGAUUUAAUCACGUGCUUGUUUGGGAUGCCUUUCCAUGUGAUCGAUAUGAACUUUCCAUUUUUGUUUGUUUGGGACGUGCCGUGUAAAGUUCUUUACUUUCUUCUGUCGUCAACAAUACAUGCAUCUACGUUUAUAUUAGUUCUAAUAUCUAUCGAACGGUACAGAAAGAUAUGUCUUCCUUUUGAAAAGCAAAUUUCAGACAUUGGAACAAAAGCAAUAUGCACUGGAUGCAUUAUAGUUGCGUUCGUACUAUCUACGCCGGUAUUAUUCCUUUAUGGCGUUACGUCAUUCGAUACUGGUGUAUCUAAUAUAACCGGUUAUGAAUGUUACAUAUCCAAUGAUUACAGCGAUAGCAUAUUCCCGUUAAUAUAUGAUAUAGUGACUAUUAUUUUAUUUGUUGGUUCAACAUGUACACUGACCGUGUUGUACACUCGCAUUGGUAUAAAAGUAUGGCGAAAAGGGACUUUUCAGGGAAACAAAACUAAAUGUAAAAAUGGAAGACAAGCAUCGGAACACUCAAAGCAAUCUCAAAUGGAAAAAGUAAUUGAAACAUCAUUCUCUAAUAAAAAAGAACAGCCAUCUCAGCUUCCGGUAAACAAUAAAAAUACCUUUGAUGAAUAUUCGAAUAUUUUAAUAAAUUCUCCCAAGCUUAGGAAAGAUUUAGGCAAGAAAACUGAGACGCGGAUGGAUAUAAGACGAUCAAGUUUAAGACUGAAAUGGCCUGAAAGCAAACGGUCAAGUACAAGAAGGAGUUUUCGGGCAAGCUUUUUUUCAGGAAAAUCAAUUUCGGAAGAAAGUAGUUCAGAAUCGUUCACUUCAACACUUGAGCGGAAAUCAAAAUUUGUCCGCGAAGGAAUACGAAUGACAAAGUUUUCAAAGAAGCAAAGACGUUCUUUGCGCAUAACCGGAAUGCUAUCGCUUAUUACUGUAGUCUUCGUUAUCAGUUUUUUGCCAUAUUUAGUAAUAUCAAUUUUGAAUGGUCUCGAUGAAUCAUUUUGGGAGAACAUGACUAACAAUAAAAUUCUAAUAUACAACUUCCUUUUGCGGACAUAUUUCAUAAACAAUAUGGCUAACCCUAUAAUAUACGGAUUUCUUGAUGAAAAAUUCAGAUCUGAAGUACGAAAGAUGUUCAAGUGUUGUUAAAAUGACAUUUCAUUACAGCCAGACCUGCUAUAAAGGUCACCUCUAUUAAACGAAAAUAUAUCUUGGCAUGUUACUAUCUUCAUGUGGCACUAGUGUUAAACCUAUGCAUUUUGAACAUCAUGUCAAAGGUCAUGAAUCUUAUGAGAUCGUUUUUCCUGCUCCCGAGGGUGACCUUUACACACUGGUUUAGAUUAUUUUUAAUAUGACACAGAUUUUUUUAAAAUCUCAACAAACUAAGUGUCAAUUUUUAUUUCUUACUUUUUGCCUAUUAAAUGUCAACUAAGGAGAUUGUAUAAGCGAACUUUGUCAUUAUUUGUUAUACAUUCGAAGACUAUUCUGCAACUCUCAGGAUAAA